AUAUAAUUUCAUUCUAUAUUCAAAUUUUGACAGAUUUCUACAUACUGUGUUUUUUAUAUUAUUUUAUAAAUAGAAAAUCAUAAAAAUUCAUUACUAGCGAAGAUGCGUCUUCUCUUUUCUUCUUGUCUUCUGCUUGUUUUAUUAUUUGAGUAUGGAAAUGGUGACAACCCAUGUGUAGAUAAGAAUGCAAAAUCAUGCAGUGAGUGCAUGCAAGUUGCUGGAUGUGGAUGGUGUGAACAACCUGAAUAUGCAAACAAUCCCAAUCUUGUCAUAUCGAGAUGCGAUUUACCAAAAAAUUUGAAAGCUGGAAAAUGUCCUGAUGAAUUCAUAUUGAAUCCACCAUCGUCUGUGAACAAUACAGUUGAUGACCCACAUUCAUCAGUCGGAAGCUCAGAUGUUGGGAAGGCAACACAACUCAAACCACAAAAGAUUGAUGCCAAAUUGAGGCCAGGAUCUCCUGCUCAAAUCCAAAUAUCUUACAAACAAGCUGAAGAUUAUCCAGUGGAUUUGUAUUAUCUUCUCGAUUUAUCAAACUCCAUGAAAGAUGAUUUAGAUUCACUCAGAGAACUUGGAAAAGAAUUGGGAGAUAGAAUGUCUUCUAUUACAAGGGAUUUCAGACUCGGUUUUGGAUCGUUUGUCGAUAAGACAGUAAUGCCUUAUAUUUCCAUGGUGCCAAAAAGACGUCUUAAUCCAUGUACUGAUAAUAAACCUUGCCAACCUACAUACACGUUCAGCAAUGAAUUACCACUCACUAAGGAUAUUGAUGAAUUCGUGAGAUCUGUCAAAUCUGUCAAUCAUUCCUCUAAUCUGGAUUCUCCAGAAGGAGGCUUUGACGCUAUGAUGCAAGCUAUUGUUUGUGAGGAUUUUAUCAAAUGGAGGAAAGAGGCAACCCAUCUGCUCGUUUACGUCACUGAUGCUGGAUUCCAUUAUGCUGGGGAUGGAAAACUUGGUGGCAUUGUCGCUCCAAAUGAUGGGCAUUGUUAUCUCGAUGGCAGAGGCCAAUAUUACAAAGCUAACGAAAUGGAUUAUCCCUCAGUUGGACACUUGGUACAGAAAAUAAAUGAUUUUAAUAUUCAACCAAUUUUUGCCGUCACAAAGGAAGUUAUUACUACAUACAAGAAACUUCAAGAUUUAAUUCCGAAAUCUGCAGUCGGCGAACUGACAGCUGAUUCAUCUAAUAUUAUUGACUUGAUACAAGAUGCCUAUAAUGCUCUUAAAGAUACGGUUGUUUUGGGUGUUGAAUUACCAGAAGGAGUUGAAGUCAUGGACAAGAAAAGUCAUUGUUUAACUGGCACCAGGGAAGGAUUGGAAUGUGAUGGUGUGAAGAUUGGGGAUGUUGUCAAUUUCACAAUGAGCAUCAAAACAAAUGAAUGUUUUACCGGCACAAAGAAAAUGAAAAUCAAUAUAUUUGGUUACAAUGAAGAGGUUGAGGUUGACAUCAGUACAUUAUGUGAAUGUCAAUGCUCCGAAGAUUUUACACCAUUGAAUAACUGUUCUGGUAAUGGUGCAUAUGAAUGUGGUGCCUGUGUUUGCAAGCCUGAUUACUUGGGUUUGGAUUGUUCAUGUGACAAGAAAGAUUUAACCAGCACAGAAUCUUAUCUGGAUAAUUGUACACAACCUGAUUCAAAAGUCGUUUGCAGUGGAAGAGGAGAAUGCAUUUGUGGACAAUGUAUUUGCAAGCAAUCUCCUGAAAGAAAGAUUGAUGGCCAAUACUGUCAGUGCGAUAAUACUUCAUGUGAUAGAAUUGAUGGAAAAGUUUGCAACGGUCAUGGCACAUGCGAUUGUCGGGCUUGUGUCUGUGAUGAGGGUUGGAGUGGCAAGGCAUGUGAAUGCACAGCUGAUAAAAGUGGUUGUAUUGAUCAAAAUUCACCAGAUAGUGGGUAUUGUCACGGUGCUGGGAAAUGUGAAUGCGGAAAAUGUACUUGCAAUGUAACAAAAUCUGGUUUCGAGUAUCGUGGGCAGUUUUGUGAGAUUUCUCCGCAGCAGCUUUGUACUCUACAUAGGGAAUGUGUGCAAUGUUUGGCUUAUGGAAACAGAAAAGAAUUUGAAAAGAACGCAACACUUUGCGACCAUUGUAAACAAUACAAUAUUACUUAUCUCAAUGGUGGAUCGAGUAUGCAUAGAGGCAGUUGUCAAGAAGUGGAUGAAUACAAUGAUUGUACUUUCUGGUUUUGGUACAACAAAGAUGGAGAUAUAAUUCAAAUUGAUACCGACCCGGAUACACAAGUCUGUCCUGUCUAUGCCAACCCUAUGUACAUUAUCAUUGGUAUAAUAGCAGCCAUUGUUGGUAUUGGACUCGCUAUUCUUCUGAUAUGGAAACUACUGACUUCUAUCAAGGAUGCAAGGGAAUAUAAACAAUGGCAAAAGGAAGUUCAAGGAGCUAAAUGGGAAUCGGGCGGAAAUCCCAUUUUCCAGAGUGCAACAUCCACGUUCCAGAAUCCUACUUAUAAAGGUGGGAAACCAUCUUCACAAUUGUGAGCAUUCAAUGAUAAAACUAUAAAAAAUGAAAUGACUUAUACUCGAUUAUGCAUGGUCCUUAGCAAAUCCAGCUGAAAGGUUAAUUUGGCCAAAGUCUUUGCUUUUUCAACGGUACCUGUGGAUGAUUGAUUCUCUGUUGGAUGUUGAUCUGUUGUAUUUACGAUCUUGCAAAUCGAGAGACAACAUCGCGAAACGCUUCUUCGGUACGCUUUUAUAUGUAUUGCACUCUUUUUUAUUGGAUGUUAUCAUAUACUUAGCUUAAUCAUGUGCUUACCGAGGUUUAAGGUGCUACGUCAUCUUGAAAUUUUAAGUCUAUCUGACCUACUCAAAAUUAAUAAUUUUUCAGUUGCAAUUUAUUUUUUAACAUUUUUUUUUAAACUUUUGUGUGAAGUUUUAUCUCGGCAGCUCGAGGUAUUUUCUUGAUGCUUCAUGGUUGGCAGUACUAAUUUGGAUUUUCUAGGAUGUUUGAAAGAAUUAUGACUGGCAUUUUUUUUAUUUUGGUUACAUUUCUUUAAAUCUAUGUCUGAUCAUGCUUGAUUCAUUACAACUUAAUAUGAAAUCCUAGUUGUAAGCUUACAUCUUAUGUUUUUUUUUCUUUUUAAAUGUUUGCAUGUUACCAUGUUUGUUCGUGUAAUACCAGCGGCGAUGUAUUUGGGGAAAUGUAAUUAACUACCACACAAAAAACCCAUUUUAAAUGUCUUGAGUACGAAAGGGCCUGUUAAUUCUGCGUUUUUUCUGUUUAGUCCUUUUAUGACAUGCUUUUUACUUCGGGCUUCUUGAAUAAAAUUUGGAUCAAUAUAUCUAAAUUAGUUUUCUGGUUUUUACAAAUAAAUAACGUUAUUUUUUUCAUAUAAAUCUAUAAUGUACCCAGGGGUUGCCCCCCUUUUUUUCCUCACAACUCUUGAACGCGGACCCGCUAGCUGUUACAGUAACCCCCUCCCCCCUUGAAAAUUCCUGGCAUCUGUCGCCAUUUCCCAAGAUUAGACGCUCCGUGCUACACUACAAAUACUGCCUUUCCUUUUAUGUAUAUAUGUCUAUUCGCUUAAUAUUUUGUUUUUUUCUGUAACAGGCCCGGCCUUAUCCAUAUUCCAGUAACUCUAUAUUAUAUGUAUGUCACAGUUGUUCACCGUAGUGUUAUAUAAUUUAACUCUUCUUUUUACUCUGCCAACUUUUCGAAUAGCGGUGACUUGAAUAAUUUCUUUUACAGUUUUAUUAUAAUAUGAACUGGAAAUCUAGGGGAAGGGGCGCAGUUAUGUCUUUCAUCAAUGCAUUUUUUUGGAUUCGCCACAUGCUACUUCUGUAUUUUAACUGUCAUACCAUGUCGAUGAAAUCUCCUUUUGAUGAUGCUAAAAAAUUUCGGUGCUCUAGAAGUAUGCGCACCAAGAUGUCACACAACCUGAAUCCUAACCGGUACACACAUACUAUGUUCAGGUUAUGCGCCAUCUUGGUGCGCAUACUUCUGGAAGUCCAAAAUUUCUUUUUGUUUCUUUUUAUAUGAACUAAGCCACAUUUAUCAAUAUAAGCUAAUAAUGAAUGUCAUUCCCCGCAAA